UUUUUUGUUUUUUUUAAAAAAAGGCCUCGGACCCUUUGAAAGAACAGUCGUCCAGUACCGAGGUAGAGAUUGAUCAUCAUCUCAGACUGCAGGAUAUCACCUGGAAACCUGAGAUAAAGUUACACAGAAUACCAGCAGGUUCUCACUGACCAACAGCUCGGGAACCAGGAGAGGAACUCUAGUCUGGACCAGGAUGAACCAGAACCAAAGAGUGACCAGCUCCACUCACACAACUCUCCUCUCUGAGAUGAACCUCCCACAACAACAUGUCUGCACAGAGGAGGAGGUUCCCACUGAGCAGCAGCUCUGUAACCAGGAGAGGAAGUCCAGUCUGGACCAGGAGGAACCAGAACCUCCAUUGAUAAAAGAGGAAUGUGAGGAACAAGAACCUCCACAGAUUCAAGAGGACUGGGAGGAACCUGAACUUUCACAGAUUAAAGAGGAAUAUGAGGAACCGGAGUAUCCACAGAUUAAAGAGGAACAGGAGGAACUCUGCUGCAGUCAGUGGGAAGAACAUAUUGUACUGAAGCAGGAAAGUGAUUCCUCAAUGGAGUCUCCUACUGAUGAGGAAACUGAGCACAGUGAACCAGAACCAAACAGUGACCAGCUCCUCUCUCACAACGCUUGUGUAGCUGAGACCCCAGAUCAGGGAGAAGGCAACCACGUAGACUCUGGAUCAACUAAAAAAAAUACUGAACUGAAACCAAAGAAGAGACGUUACAGAGUCACAAGUCACAGAAACAAUGUAAACAACUCUCCCAUGUCAAGGAGUCGGUGUGAUACUGACACAGGUAAAAAGUCUUUAACAUGUGACGUCUGUGGAAAAGUCUUUAAGCAUGAGUCCGUAAUGAAGAGGCAUUACAGAAUCCACACUGGUGAGAAGCCAUAUUGUUGUACUAUGUGCGAUAAAACGUUCAGUCAUAGUGGUAAUUUGACUGUCCACAUGAGGAGUCACACAGGUGAAAAACCGUUUCUUUGCUUAACAUGUGGCAAAGGUUUCUCGGUACAUCGCGCUUUGACUUUACACACUAGAACUCACGCAGGUGAGAAACCGUACCUUUGUAAAAUAUGCGGUAAAAAAUUUACUUCAUCUGCAUCAGUUACAAAGCAUUUGAUUAUCCACUCGGGUACUAAGCCAUUCUCUUGCAAGACAUGUGGAAAAUGUUUCAAUCAAAGUAGUGCUUUGACUAUACACAUGAGACGUCACACUGGUGAGAAACCGUAUUGUUGCCCAACGUGUGGGAAAACCUUCACUCAAAGACCUAAUUUAGUUAUCCACAUGAGGAGUCACACCGGUGAGAAACCGUACCGUUGCAAAACAUGUAGUAAAACCUUCAGUCAAAGACCUAAUUUACUUAUCCACAUGAGGACUCACACCGGUGAGAAGCCGCAUUGCUGUCCCAUGUGCGGUAAAGGCUUCAGUCAAAGUUGUGCUUUAACUAGGCAUAUGAGGAUUCACACAGGUGAGAAACCACAUUGCUGUCCCAUGUGCGGUAAAGCCUUCAGUCUAAGUAAUACUUUAACAAUCCACAUGAGGACUCACACAGGUGAGAAACCGUACCUUUGCAAAAUAUGUGGUAAAUCCUUCACUCAAAGUCCCAAUUUAAUUAUCCACAUGAGGACUCACACGGACGAGGAGCCGCUUUUUUAUGACGUGUGGUAAAACCUUCAUUCGAAGUACUCAGUAAAGGAAGCACAUGAGGACUCACACAGGUGAGGAGUCAUCAUCCUGAAACAUCUGUGGGGAAAAAACGUCUGGGAAGCUGAGCUUGAAAAAAAAAAAUAAUGUCAGAAUUUGUUCAGGUUAAUCUUUGUAGCGGACAUCCACUCACAUUAAGCAUAGAACUGUCAAACUUGGACAUCAAACCGAUGGGUGGAGACAUCCACCUAACUGACACUUGAGUUUUCAACAGAAUUUGGGGAGGACCACUUUAAGACCAGGAACAACACGAGAAGGAGAAGAUAAAACAACCUGACUGUGUUUUAAUGGCAAGAACGGAAAGAACAAAAUGACUCUUUCAGAGUCUGUAGUACCAUGUAUAGAAACUGACAAUGUAUCACUGUGAUGAAAUCCUCUUAUUCCCAAAUUUGACAUGGAUAUCAUAAUUUGUAUUAUUUACUCUUGUCUGUCUCUCUGUUUCAAACACAACUUGAGAUAAACCAGCCAGAUGCUAGUUAUCAAUUAUGAACACACUAUUGCAGUGACUUAACACUAGUUUCCUUUAAGUCUCAUCUCAUCUACUACUACCGCUUAUCCUCACUAGGGUCGCGGGGGCUGCUGGAGUCUAUCCCAGCUGUCAUAGGGCGAGAGGUGGGGUCCACCCUGGACAGGUCGCCAGUCUAUCGCUGGGCUAACACAGAGACAAACAACCAUUCACACACUCACACCUAGGGUCAAUUUAGAGUUUGCUUUAAGUUCAACUCAUAUCUUAAUCUGUAUGUUUUAAUUGUUUAAAUGUUUGUUUGUUUGUUACCCCCUGAAAAAUAGUCUGGGUCGGCUGUUUUCAUGAUUUUUGGUGGAGGUCAUGUCUUUAUGAGUUAUAGCAACUAAAGUAGUUAUGACCCUUUUACUCGCUUUCACCAGCAGUAAUCAUUCGAUUAUCAGGGCAACAAGGAAAAUGUUUUCACCCUGAAUAUAUGACAUUUAAAAACUUCACUAAAGAAAUAAAAUGAAAAGAAUGAAUUUCUUUCAAA